AUGUUAGGUGAUAGGGAAGUAGAACAUAUGGCACGUGAAGCUAUUGCAAAAAAAUUUGAUAUGAAAACAGCUGAAUAUUCAAAAUAUUGGGAUAUUGCACCUUUAAUGAUUGAUUCUUUGACUGCCUACAUUGUAACGGGAAGCAAUUCGCCUGUAGCAGGCGUUCAACCGUACCAUUCUGUUCAUCCAAAUUCAUUGGUUAUGAUUUUACGAUUUUCAUGUUCAACGGAUGAUAAUGCACAGAAUGUUGCUAAGAUGAUUAGCAGUGGUGAAUAUGAAAUUGAAAUUGCAUUCUAUUUUGAUGGAUUCAAACAUACGUCAACAUCAUUGGUAUCAAUCACGGCUGAACAAUUGAAAAGUAUAUCUAGUAAGACAACAGCUGACGGUGGUAAUACAGAUGCAAAGUUUAUUCAUCGUAAUCAGGCGUCCAAAUUUGUCGGGCAGUAUAUAACGAACGUGAAGAAGAUGAUUUAUUCCGAAAAUUCAGACGUCGAUACACAAUCGUUAGCAAAAGGACUUGAAGAUCAGUUUAUAUCAUUGUUGCAACAAGGAAUGGAAAGUGCUCAACGAGUUGUAAUCGAUGCCGGUCAUUUUAAUGAGACAUGGUCGUCAGCAGAUUUACGUCCUGAUCGAAUUACGUCGGAACUCAGUAAAGUAUUUACGAAAAAUGCUUCCGAUACAGAACAACAUACGGCAUCCGAUAAAUAUCUUAGUGUCGAUAAAGAAUAUUUGAAAGAAUUGUCCAGCAGCAGUUCAAAAGAAGGUGGUGCCGGUGUAUCUUUUCUGGGUAUUUCAGUUGGUGCUAAUGGUGGUUCAUCCUCUUCCUCAAAGAAUUCAUUUUACGAUAAACUUGCACAGACAGAUCAUCAAAAAUAUUCUAAAGAUGAUGUUGUCAAACUGCUCAAUGAACAACAGGUUGAUUUCAAUUGGGAAGGUGAAAAAUUGAUACCAAAAUCAUUUCAAGUUUAUAAAAUGAGCGAUCUAACAGAUAGCUUACAAGUCGCUCUGGUCGCUAAACAAAUUACCAUUGAUAAGGAUCAAAGUGCGAUUAUAAGACAUAUUAGUACGAUGAACAGUCCAACAGCCACCGGAGAUUCGCGACCAGUCAGUAUUUUGCUCACUGGUGAAAUAAAGUUAUAUAGUGGCCGCUCACAUCCACCAGCUCCAUGGCUCUUCUGCAACGGAUCAGCAGUUUCAAGGGUUGUUUAUCAACGUCUUUUUGCGACGAUAGGCACAGAGUACGGAUCAGGCGAUGGUAUUACAACCUUUAAUAUACCAGACUUUCAAGGUAGAGUGCCAGUAGGAGUCGAUUCGCUGGGAUUGCGUACGACGGUUGCUGGCGGUUUGGGUUUAACAGGGGGCAAUGAAACACAUACAAUUGUAGUGAAUCAACUGCCUUCACAUUCACAUGACAUCGGCUCCAUUUCGAUGUCAUUAAGUGGCAAUCACUAUCAUUCGAUCAAUGAUCCCGGACAUAAUCAUGGUGGUAUAACGGGAAGUUCAGGUUUUUUGAAUGGAAAUGGCAGGUGGAAUGCAGGCAAAGACGGUUGGAGAAUAGGAGAAGGUACCCAUUCACAUUCGAUUUCAACUGGAUAUACUGGCAUAAGUAUGAAUUAUGCUGGCAGUCAUAAUCACGCGUUGUCUGGGGAAACUGGAUCGGUUGGAGACGGCGAGAAAUUCAGUUUAAUGCAACCAUAUCAAACGGUGAAUUAUAUUAUAUAUACUGCUUGAGUGAAUAAAGUGGUAUUUUCAAAUUAACUGAGGCAUUAUGGAAAGCUUUUUUUAGUAGAUGCGGACUUUUCUGUUGUAUUUCGCUUUUAUUUCAACGAUUUAUAAACUUUACCAGGCCGCUUUAAACUAUAUCACACAGAUGAAAUUUUCUAGACAGGUUCAUUUUCAACUAAUCUAAGUCAUUCUUCAGUUUUACCAUGCACACAGUGGGUUUUUACACAUACCUUUUUGUUCAUUCUCUUCCUUUUCCCCUCGACUGACGACUGGAUCAUAUGGAAUCAAGUAAGCUUGUGUGUGUUUGCUGGCACGUGUAUACUCAUGUGUUCACAGGUAUUUGUGAAAGUUAAGAGUAACUAUCUACGACUAUGGAAGCUAUUUUGUGCAGCCCCUUCAUCAAAUUAGGCUUUUUCGUGCUACGGUCUCAGUCAAUCAAAGGCUUUAGCUGUCUAGCUCUGGUCCAAUAAGAUUUUUUCAGACUGAAAGUUCAGUCAAUCGGAUGCUUUUGCAGUCUAGCUUUCGUCGAACCAGUUGUUUUCAGGGUGAGAUUUCAAACAUUCAAAUGUUGUUUCCAAAGAAGCUCUGAUCUAUGAUAUUUGUCUACAUUAUCAAGGGCACCAAACAUAAUUUGCUUCUCUGAAAGAAAGGAUCAUGAAUACGUGUGGGCGCGAAUGCAGCUCUUCUCUUAGCACUCACUUACACUCACGAGGGAAGGUUCCUAGGUGUUUCCCUGGAAUUUCUACGAAAACUGUAUGAUUUUGUCAACUGAAGUAUUCUGAUCUCAAAUCUCAAAAAAAUUAGCAGACGAGACCGUUCUUGUAAAAAAAAGUUGUUGUUAGAACAUUUUUUGACCAGACCCUGCGAGGAACCAGGGGUAAAAUUUUCGACAAAAAAACAGUUUACAAUGAAAAUUGAACCACUCAUAAGUGGAC